AUGGACGAAACAUCAUGCGCAGGACUUAAGAAAAGCGGAAUUAGCAAAAGUGGCGUGUACGAAAUCGCCCCAAUUCCGGGCUACACCGUCAAAGUCUUCUGUGAUCAAGUAACAGACGGGGGAGGCUGGACCGUGAUACAAAAAAGACUUGAUGGAUCGGUGGAUUUCUUUCGAGGAUGGGACGAUUACAAGCGAGGAUUUGGAAACAAGAAUGGAGAAUACUGGCUUGGACUCGAUGCCAUGCAUAUCUUGACCAACAGUACAGAGAAUGAGAUCAGAAUUGACCUGGAAGACUUCAAUAUGAACAAAACCUAUGCGAUUUAUAAGUCGUUCAAAGUUGGCACAGAAUCCCAGAAAUACGAAUUGUUCAUUGGAUCCUUUAAAGAAGGGAAUGCUGGUGACUCAUUGGGCUAUCACAGGUGGACUGCAUUCUCAACAUCUGAUCAAGACAACGACAACCACGCUACUAACUGUGCCAACAGAUUUAAGGGCGCUUGGUGGUUUGGGGGUUGCCACUAUUCUCAUCUCAACGGUCAAUACCUCGGCCAAAAUGUUCCAUACGCUGAAGGCAUAAACUGGAGAUUCGUAACUGGACUUUACAGAUCUCUCAAAAGCGCAGAAAUGAAGAUACGACCGGUCGGUUAUAAUGGUUAGCCUCAAGCUGCUGCUGCUUCUAUUAAUUCUAAUGCGGUUACUGCUACAACAACAACAACAAAAACAGUAUAAAUACAAACAACGAAACAUCUAAAGAAGCAGCACCAACAACAGCAGCAAUCACAAAAUAUGGAGCAGCA